GGCGGGCGGCCGCUGCAGCUGACGCUGGCGCUGCUGAAGCCGGACGCCGUGGCGCACCCCCUGGUGCUGGAGGCCGUGCACGACACCAUCCUCAGCAACCGGUUCCUCAUCGUACGCGCCAAGGAGCUGCGCUGCGGACGGGAGGAGAGCCGCCGCUUCUACCGGGAGCACGCCGGACGAUUCUUCUAUCAGCGGCUGGUGGAGUUCAUGGCCAGUGGCCCUAUGUGGGCUUAUAUCUUGGCCCAUGAGAAUGCUGUUUCCCUCUGGAGAUCCCUGAUGGGACCCACCAAAGUAUUCCGAGCCCGAAACAGCGUCCCAGACUCCAUCCGAGGAGCUUAUGGCCUCACUGACACCAGGAAUACCACUCAUGGCUCAGAUUCACCAGCAUCAGCCAGCAGAGAAAUUGCAUUUUUCUUCCCAGAGUUCAACGAAGAGCUCUGGUACCAGCAGGAAGAGCCACGUCUGCGCUGCGGGCAGGUGUAUUACAAUGCAGAGGAGCGUGUUCACUGCGUUGUUGGGGAUGAAGGAAGAAAGCUACCCUGACUUACCUGGGGGUUUGAAGAACGUAUGGACUGGGAAGGUGCCUUUUCCUGCACAGAAGACACAUGGACAUGUCCAGUCCACAGCUUGGCAGUUUGGUGGUUGGUGCUGUAGAAAGGCUGACCGAGGACGUGGUUGUUACCCUCACAGUCCAAGACUGCAGUUUAAUACUGUGGUACUUCCAGUACUAAGGUGGACACAGUCUUCCCUGAACAGUAUUGCUUCUAUUUUGCCUCAGAUUUUAUUUUGUGGCUUCUUUCUCAGGCAUCUCUGUCUUCACUGUUGAAAACAACAGGCCUGGUAUAAGACCAACGCCAUGAAUUUUUUAUUGUCUUACGACUCCUUCUAUAUAGCACUGUGAAAUAAGAUGCAUCUUUAUGAGAUGCACUUAAAUCAAAGAGACAUAUCUCAUCUUUAUUGUCAUUAGCGUUUUACUUCUACACAGUCUUGGGGACACCAGCUACUGAAAAAGGGGUAGAUGAAAUGCUGAAAGGGAAAUACUAAAUAGCAGCAGGGCCCCUGGGUGAGUGUGGUCUGAACUAAAGCCAUGCUGGGAGGAAGGAGAGCAUUGACCUGUCACUCACCCACGUGCCACCCCAUAUAUCCUCUGCAGCUACACCCUGGAGUCCUCACCCGUGAUGUCCAGGCUCCACCACAUGUGUCACGUGUACCUGAGACACACAAAGCUGUGUGCUGGAAAGGACCUCUAGAGAAGAUUGCCUAGUCCAAAAUCCCUGCCUCAAAAGAGCAUUCCCUCAAGCGGGUCACUCAGGACCUUGUUUUAUCACCCUUACAGGAAAAAAAAAAAAAGUUGUGUUUAAGUGAAA